GGAGAACCCGGGGCGGGGAAGAUGGCCGCCCCCAUCAAGAUCAGGGAGGAGGAAGAGGAGGAGGAGGAAGAGCGGAGGGGCUCUUGUCUGAGCUCUUUCUGACCCCCCCAGUCCCAUCUCCCCCCCCCUUUCCAGCCAAUUCCCACCCUGUGGCUUUCUCCUUUGGAAAAGGGGGGGUCUGUUUUCCCACCUCACCCCUCAAGCAUUAGUUCUUGCUGGAUCCCCAGCCUGCGCCCCCCCACCACCUUUCUCAAAGCAAGAGGAAGCAUCACCUUUUUUAAAUUUAUUUUAUUUUGUUUUUCUGCAGAAAGGUUAUUUUUCUUCUCCCACCCCCCACCCCCGCCCCAGAUUCCCGGUGAGCCACUAAGGUGCGGUUCCACGGUGUGAAACCACACAACCCUUUUCAUUCUUUGGCUCAAGGAUGCUCAAAGUGAAGCCGAUGGGCCACAAGCCAUGGCCACGUAGCCUGGCUUAAAGAGGUGACUGGGGGGGGACAUGGGGAAUAUAUUCAGCCCCUUCCCUGCCCCACGGAAAGGGGCUCGCCGGGCCGAAGGACUGGCCAACCCGGGUAGCUUUGAUGAACUUCACCGCAAAUGCAAAGAUGUUUUUCCUCAACAAAUGGAAGGCGUCAAGCUGAUCAUUAAUAAAUCUCUGAGUAGCCAUUUUCAGGUAUCCCACACCGUUCACCUGAGCACCAUCGGACACUCAGGUUACCAUCUGAACACGACCUAUGUGGGGGAUCAGCAGCUUAGUCCCACAGAGAUUUUUCCCACCCUUAUUGGCGAUAUUAGCAAUGUUGGGAGCCUCAGUGCUCAAAUUCUCCAUCUUAUAACAGAGCGGAUACGGACCAAAGCAAUUUUCCAGACUCAACAGGCCAAAUUCACAACUUGGCAAUUUGAUGCUGAAUAUCGUGGGGGGGACUACACCGCCACCUUGACUCUGGGGAACCCCGAUUUGAUCAGCGAAUCGGUUAUUGUUGUUGCACACUUCCUCCAGAGCAUGACGUCACGGUUGGUCCUAGGGGGUGAAUUAGUGUAUCACCGACGUGCUGGAGAAGAAGGAACCAUCAUCACUCUGGCUGGCAAGUACACCGCUCUGAAAUGGAUAGCCACCCUAAAUUUAGGAUUCGGAGGAGCCCAUGCUAGUUACUACCACCGGGCAAAUGACCAGAUUCAGCUGGGAGUGGAAUUUGAGGCUAACACCCGGCUUCAGGACACAAGCUUUGCUUUUGGCUAUCAGCUCAACCUGCCCGAAGCCAACAUGACCUUCAAGGGGCUUCUGGACAGUAACUGGCACGUGGGGGCAGUUCUGGAGAAGAAAAUCCCCCCCUUGCCCGUGACCUUAGCGCUGGGCGCCUUCCUCAACCAUUGGAAACACCGGUUCCAUUGUGGGUUCAGCAUCAUUGUGGGUUGAGGGCCUGCACACCAGCCUGGCUCCGUUAACAAAGGAGGGGCGGUUGGGCUUGCAAAGUGGGAGGAUCGCUCGGUUUGAGCGUUGCACCCCUGGAUGGUGGGCGCGAGGGUAUGGGUGCCCGUGCAGGGCAGGUGCGUGGCGAUGCCACGACCGCCUCCGUGGGUCCGUGCACAAUUCCUGCCCGGAAAGAAAACCACGUCCCUGGUGCCAGGGUGCCCAGUUUCUUCCCUGGAACUCCCGAUUUCGGUCGGCUUAGGGCAAAGUUCAAGCCGGGCACAGGAUUUUGGGUUGGGUGGUCGCACAGCUUUCUUUGUUCGAGACUUCUGAUCACUGGAUUCCCCAGCGAGGAAUCGGCGCCAUUUUGUCUGAGUGACAUAGCGGGUCCUGAAAUUCAGAAGACCCCCCCCCAACUCAGCUGCUGUGUCUCGGGUGUGUUUGUGCUAUCCGGCUACUUCAGGGCAGAGACCAAAAAGCUGAAUUACGACUUCUGUGCAAUGAUGAGUCUAAAUACGAUUAAAAUCAUGAUGAGGCUGGGUGUA